AACCGAAGGCAACCAUUUUUUCGCUCAAUUUUAUUUUUCCUCCAAGGCGAGCAUUCAAAGCAGCAUUUGUAAAAAUCCGUUCGAAGAGAGCAUUCAACCUCAUGCACCACGUUUCUUUGUGAGAAACUUCGCUGGAAGUGAAAAGAAUAUUUUAUAAUUUUUAAAUAUUUCAAAAAAGAAAAAUAAGUGAAUUUUUUUUUUUCAAAACACUUAAAAAUUUGUGAAAUAUCAAUUUGAAAAAAAAGUACGAACGAAAAUAGAGGAACAGCCCCGACUUGAAUUUUUUGAAAAAUUAAAAAAGGAAAGGAACGUACUUUGUGGAAUAUUUUCAUUUUUUCUUUUCAAGAAAAUUUUCGCUUGCGAAUUACAAAAAAAGAACUAAUCUCACACACAACCGCCGACACACAUUUAAGGACAACUAAAAAGCAGAACAAUGGUAAAAGAAACCGGUUACUACGAUCUGCUUGGUGUUAAGCCCAAUGCCUCCCCCGAAGAGCUAAAGAAAGCCUACAGAAAACUCGCCCUGAAAUACCACCCCGACAAGAAUCCCAAUGAGGGAGAGAAAUUCAAGGCCAUCUCGCAGGCGUACGAAGUUCUCUCGGACACCGACAAACGCCAGAUCUACGACGAAGGCGGUGAGUCAGCCAUCAAGAAGGGAGGCAACGAUGCCGGUGAUAUGCGCAACCCAAUGGACUUCUUCGAGAAGUUCUUUGGCGGCGGCUUCGGAACCGGCGGAGGUGGAAGGCGGCGAGAGCGUCGAGGCAAGGACGUCAUUCAUCAGAUGGGCGUUCAGUUAGAGGAGAUCUACAACGGAACCACACGUAAAUUGGCUCUGCAAAAGAACGUUAUCUGUGAAAAAUGUGAAGGACGUGGUGGCAAGAAAGGUGCAGUCGGCAAGUGUGACGUGUGCCGAGGUAACGGCUACGAGACCCGCGUUCAACAAAUCGGACCCGGUAUGGUGCAGCACAUUGAACAGGUGUGUCGCAAAUGUAUGGGCCAGGGUGAGAUUAUCUCGGAGAAGGAUCGUUGCAAACAGUGUAAUGGCCGCAAGACCGUUCGGGAGCGUAAAGUCUUGGAAGUUCACAUCGAGAAGGGUAUGCGCAACGGCCAGAAGAUUGUCUUCAAUGGCGAAGGUGAUCACGAGCCAGAUUUGCAGCCCGGCGACAUUAUUAUUCUGUUGGAGGAGAAGGAACACGCAGUGUAUAGACGCGUGGGCGAUGAUCUAACAUUGAAAAUGCCAAUUGAAUUGGUUGAGGCUCUGUGCGGAUUCCAGCGAGUGAUCAAGACAUUAGAUAAUCGUGAUUUGGUCAUUACUUCGCCACCCGGCGAGGUUAUCAAACACCAGCAUGCCAAGUGUAUUAUGGAAGAGGGUGUGCCACUCUACAAAAAUCCAAUGGAAAAGGGUCGAUUGAUCAUCCAAUUCGAGGUGAACUUCCCCGAUACCCUACCAGUUGCUGUUCUUCCAGCUCUCGAACAGUGCUUACCACCAAGGCAAGAAGUAUCUAUUCCAAUUGAUGCUGAAGUUGUUACUUUGGAGGAGCUUGGUCCACACAAUAAUCAACGCCAGCAUCAUCACCAAGCUUACGAAGAAGACGAGGAUUGCUACCACCAAAGUGGUCCAAGAAUACAACAAUGUUCAACCACUUAAGCUACUUACAACAUCCAUACAACAUAAUACAUCCCUUAGAUCAAGAUUUGAACUAACUCAAAUAUAAUUAAAAAAACAAAACAAAAAUAAAUGUAAACAAAAAUACAAAAUCAACACACGUAGUAGAUUACUAAACAAACAAAACAAAACAAAAAUGGAAAAAUUAAGCAAAGAUUGAGAAGAGGAGGCAUGCAAAAACUGGAAGCCAAGAAAAAGUAUAUUCCACCACCAUCACCACCACCACGAAAAAACAACACACCUCGGUAAAAAUCAAAAACGGAGAAAACUUUGAAAUAAAUUUCGUGUUUAAGAAAAGGCUAUAAUUAAAUGUAUUGUUUUCAAAAUAAACUUUAAAAAUACAAAAGCAAAUCACACACACAACUCUCAA